GCCCAGGAGGAGAAUUUAUUUGGAAGGGAACAGAAAUGGUAAAGUACUAGUAACCAUCAGAGAUCUGCACAGCCGUGAAGACACCAAGGUCCAGAGGGACAGAUGCCGGUGAAGAACUGUUUCCACUUCACAAAUCAUUCUCAGCGGACAAAGAAUCGGUUGUGUCUUGAAGCAAGUCAGACAAGGGUUCAAGAGACUUGUGAAAAUAGUCACGUAAGUGAUUAAUGGACCGAUCGAAAGAAGAACUGUAAAAGGAUCAGGAACAGGAGCAACGACUAAGUCUGAACCUCUAGUUGCAAGAAGCUGACCUCAUGUACCCACUUAACAUUAUUCCCCUUAUCCUCCUCCUCUUCUCCCGAGGAGCUCACCAAGAUACCUCUCGGGGUUCUUGGCGCCGCAGGUUCCGCUGGGAGAGUAAUGGAAGAGUUUAUAGCAUUCAGAGCACAGGCUCUGACCACAGACCUGGGACCUUCUACAUCUCUGAGAUGAACAACCGUGGAGCACCUGCAAGGUAUAGUGGCAUUAGAUUAGAGGGUGUGCGCGGCGAUACCAGGAGUGGAUAUAACGACCGGCAGCGGGCAGUUACGCCAACUUCCAUAAGAAUUCCUAUGACUACGAGUGAUAGGGCACCCAAGCAGACCAGAGAAGUCACAGUAAACAGCCAUUGGGGUCGCAGUACACAGGGUCAUCUGCUAAGGACCGGGGUCACUCAUGUAAACCCAUCAUCAGGAACGGAUAUCACCCCAAGAACAUUUUUGCCAAGUGAAAUCCCACAGAAUAUUAACACGCACAGUAGUGAUGGCAUCCAUAGCAGUGAUGUCACUCAAAGAAUCCCGAUACAAAGUAAUGUAACCCUGGGCAAUAAUGUAGCACAGGGAAGCAGUAGCUCACCGAGAAGCCCGACACAGAGGAAUGAUGUCAACCAGAGAAUCACGACACAGAGGACUGAUAACACUCGCGGAAUUGUUAAAGAGAAGAAUGACGAAAGAAGCGAAGUAACUCAGGCAAUGGUUACGGGUGAUUCCCGAAGAAGCGGUGCAACGGAGAGAAAGCCGACUCGGGGAAAUGAGGUUUCCCAAACGGCAUCUCUCCGGCAGAAUGAUGCCGUGCACACAGGUGCUAAUGAGAUCGUUUUGGACAUCCCGCCACAGGCUCGUCCCGUGGGGACCCCACUUCCCACGCAGAUAAUGGCUGCGGAUGAUCCUAGAAACCGCUACAGAAACGGAAACUUCCUGAUGCCUAAUGUGGCAAACCGGAGAACCGGGACCAACUAUUUUCAGUACGGCCUCCCUGACCUGGUUCCUGAUGCCCUCUUUAUCCAAACGUCCACCUACAUUCAGAGGGCCCCUUUGUAUAACCUCUGGUGUGCAGCAGAGGAGAAUUGUCUGGCCAGAUCUGCUUAUUCCUCAACCGUAUCUGGGUUAAGCUCGAGGGUAUUGCUACGUUUCCCUCAGAGGGUGAAAAACCGUGGGACAGCAGACUUUCUACCAGUGAAACCAAGCCAUGCCUGGGAAUGGCAUAGCUGUCACCAGCAUUACCACAGCAUGGACUCCUUCAGUCACUAUGAUCUUUUGGAUGCCGUAACUUUCCGUAAAGUGGCUGAAGGUCAUAAAGCCAGCUUCUGUCUGGAAGACACAACCUGUGACCCAGGAGUGAGACGGAGAUAUGCAUGCACUACACAUACACAGGGUCUGAGCCCAGGAUGUUAUGACACAUAUCAUGCCAACAUUGAUUGUCAAUGGAUAGAUAUCACAGAUGUCCUCCCAGGAAGGUAUAUCCUUAAGGUAUCCGUGAACCCAAACUUCCAGGUCCAGGAGUCUGAUUUCACCAAUAAUGCAGUGCGGUGUGAUCUGACCUACACUGGGAACCACGUGGUUACACGUAAUUGCCGCAUUUCCAGCAUCUGAUGCCUGCAACAGUCUGUACGGUUAUGAGCCCGCGGCACUCUCUCUGAGAAGUUUAAGAGAAGCUUAAAGUGAUUUUGAUGUCAUCCAUCUGAAGGAUAAAACUCAAAAAGACAUUUAUAUUUUGAUCCAGAGUAUGUGA